GCUUCGCCCGAUCAUUACACAGCAGAGCAUAGCAGAGAGCAGUCAGCCCGUCGUGUCUCUACCCGAGGCCGGAUGGUAAAAUCCAACCUCCAGCGGAUCCUAAACAGUCAUUGCUUUGCUCGCGAGAAAGAGGGAAAACAGCAGUCUUAUACAAACAUGGCGGAUUUAAGUAGUGGCAUUUGUGACAUGAUUGGGAAGUUGUCCCUGCACUGUAGUAGUACCCGCGGCCCGGGGCCUCUGUGGUGCUCCGAUGCCCCUCUCCCACCCCUGAAGAUCCCAGGUGGGCGAGGGAAUGGCACACGGGAUCACACUCCUUCAGCUCGGCCAAUCUACUCAGACCGAAAGCUGACUGUAACGGAGGAGCCAGCAGGUAAUGGUCGCCCCGGGAUACUCCACUUCCAAAGUCGUCCCACUGUCACCAAGACAAUACAGUGGGAUGCUGUCCUAAGCAGCAGCGCUCUCUACGUGGAGAUACCUCUUGACCCGCUUCCUGAAGGCAGCAAGGAGAGUUUUGCGGCUCUCCUGGAAUAUGCUGAAGAACAUCUGAAAGUCGUUAGCGUGUUUGUCUGCUUUUACAAGAACAGAGACGAUCGUGCUAAACUGGUGCGUACAUUCAGUUUCCUGGGCUUUGAGAUUGUGAAACCGGGCCAUGCCCUCGUCCCACCUCGACCCGACGUUCUCUUCAUGGCCUACAAUUUCGACAGGGACUCCUCGGACGAGGAGUAGCCCUCUGGACAGCCUCUCCGCCCCGCUUAACACCCCCCCCCCCCUCCCUUUCCUUCCCAUAUGUUUGUCUAUCCCAGCUUUCUCAUACACCACCGUCUUUGUUAUAUUCUCAGCGGUAGCUCCUUGUAUGCAAGUAUUCACUUCCCCGAUGCUUUUUGUGUUCAAGGGAAUACUUAAGAUGUGCAUCUCCUGAUUUCCACCGUCUAUGUUUGUGUGUUUUUGUUAUACUGUUUUCUUCGACGAUUAAUUGGUGUUGUCACCUAUAAAGGAGGGAAUCGUUUGUUUUUUUUGGACUUACAAUCAUAUUGCAGUUGUUGUAGCUAUAAGUACAGUUUAAUUUCCAUUUGUUGCUAUUUUUUGUUUGUUUCCUUUUUAAUGAUAGAUUAAAGUGGAGGAUUCUUCUUUUCUUGAAUGUACAACAAAAAAGGUCAUCAGGUUUACACUCGGGUACUCCAGCUUUCUUUUGAUUGGCUAAAUAGCGACUUAAAAUUAGUCUCUGAAAUGAAUUACAAAUACAUUUCAGCGGGACCAGUUAUUUUCUAGCACUAACAUCACUCUUAAAAGUGUUAUGAUUCUUUGAAAUGAGCAACAGCCCCAAUAAUUGGUACUUGAUAGCUUAAAUAGUGAAUCUAUUUAGAGGUUGAGUGAAAAGGUGAACGCUGUUGCAUGUGUCUGAUGUAGGCGUUUCAGUUUCAAGUGAGAGAUCCUUGUGAAGAGUGUAUUGGUACAAAGUGAAAGGAAAGUGAAUAAUCCAAAGUGCUUUUGCUUCUUUCUGCCAUUUAUAUCUGACUAUAUUGUAGUUUUUUGAGGUUGGAAAAUAAAUGCUGUGAUGUUAUGAUUGGAUUUUAUUUUAUUUUUAUUUUAUUUUUUUGGAUUAGCAUUCCUUUUAACUUUUUUUUCAUGAUAGUAUUGAGUUUGUUGUUCACCUACAUAGUGGUACCUGUUGUGCUUCUGUGAUAAUAAAACAAACAAACAAAACA